UUCAAUCCAUUCCCUUCUUCCCUUCCUCUCACAUAAACCCGCUCUUACCACUCCAUGAGUCCUAGUAAUCUUAACCAAUCCUCUCUUCCUCUUAAAAAGAGAAACCAAGAUCAAAUUCACCACCUACCAAACUCCACUGCAACAACCAAUACUUCAUACCCACGUCCGGUCUUGCUUGAAACCUCUAUAGAAGAUCAAGGAGCAAACUGUAGAGAGCAUCAUGGACAUCAUUAUCAUCAACAGCAACAACAAGAAAAGCCCAAUGAGUUUGUGCUGAUCGAUGGAUCAAGCGAUUUCCCACAGCCGACGAACACCGAUGACAAUAAUGAUAAGAUGGACCAAUAUGUUUGUAAUGGGUAUCAUGAAGAUGAAGAUGGGCAUGGAUCGGUCAAGUGGAUGCCUUCAAAGAUGCGGUGGAUGAGAAAGAUGGUGGCUUCGGAGCAAACUGUCAGGAGCAAACCUGCAAGAAGAAGCAUGGAAGAUCUUCAAGAAGAAAAACAGCAUAACCAAGACAUGAGCAACAGCAAUUUUCCUAGUGGUACCAUUAGAGUCUGCUCCGAUUGCAGUACAACAAAGACACCUUUGUGGAGGAGCGGUCCUCAGGGUCCAAAGUCCCUUUGUAAUGCCUGUGGGAUAAGGCAAAGGAAGGCAAGACGAGCCAUGGCGGCAGCGGCAACUGGUAGUGGACUACGUGCAACGAAUACGCCUCGUAAGGUGCAAAAGGAGAAGAGAAGAGGCAGAGAUCACACCAUUCCUAACAAGAAGCGGUGCAAGAUUGACACCACCAGAACUGCUCAGAGGAAACUCGAGAUCGAUGAUAUUAUGAUGAGUUUGAGCAAUAAUUCAGCUUUUCAUCGUGUCUUCCCGCAGGAUGAAACGGAUGCAGCCAUCUUGUUGAUGGCUCUAUCCUGUGGCCUCAUUCAUAGAUGAACACUGCCUUCCUAUAAUUUUCUUUUUCCUUUUGAAUUUUAUCCUUUCAGCUAUCUCAAUAAGCUUAGCCUAGCCGACCAUGAGCAUUGAGCAUGUAUUUGUGAAUGGAGUGAGAACAAUAAUAUGAGACCGGAAUCUGGUAACAGCAACAAACUUUUUGAGUAAAGCUAUUAUUUCCGCUGCUUCA